AGCUACUUUCGUUUUGACAAAGGAUUUUUGAGGGAAAUAUUUGGCGGUCGGGUGAAGUAUUGACUGCUUGCCGUGACGUAUACAUGCUUAAACACUGGCCUCAACUACUGAGAAUUGACCAAGGAUAGUGUGCGGGAUACAGCAGUGUUUCGAGUUGAACGUUCGUUAUUACACCAUGAUAACCCUGAUUGUGUAUACAGUGUUGUUGGUUGAGUCAGGCCUAGCUAUCCCGGUUCAAAGGCUUUGUCCACCUGGUCAGUACCUUGACGAAGGGACAGGCGCGUGUGAACACUGUGAACUAAUAUGUGAACACGCUGCCAUACAGCUGACGACAGACAUGUGCCUCCGACAUUGUCCAGGUUUCAUCGUCCAAGGACACGAAGAGGAGAAAACUGUGAAUGUGAAGGAUCACGCAGAGUUAUGUCCCCCUGAUACAUAUUUGGACACAGUCAUAUUACGAUGUGAGCCUUGCGCGGACAUCUGUAUUACAGACCAAGAAACAGAUGACGCAUGCGCAGAGAAGUGUCCAGAUUUCUCCAAGCCAGAUGCAAACAAAGCCAGCUUCCCUGUCGUCGAGCUGCUGUGGGCGGUGUCUGUCGUCUUGGGGAUCUUCUCACUUGCCAUGUUUUCCCUGAUCACCAUCCGGUUCUGUUGUAAACAACGUCGAAGUGGUGUUAGGGAAGAUGCUUCAGAUGCGUUCAUACAGCCCAUCUACAAAGGAACACCGUAUAUAAAGAUUAAUAGUGCAGCUGAGAAACCAGGACAGGGGGUUGAGCGGUGGCUGGCCCAUUUAGAUGCUGAUGAUCUGCAAGAAGAUCGUCAUAUUAACAGGAGUUCGUUUCUAGACAACAAAGAAGACCCCAGCUGAUCGUCAGGGGACGCACUAAGUUACGAUACCAAUGGGCCUGUGUUUAUAAUAUGGCUCCAGUAUCUCCCGUGACUUCUGUGUCCCAUAUUGGACCGCUUGCUACCAUACAACGUUAUCUUUGCACAAAGGCUUUUGCCAGUAUGCGUCAAUAUAUUGAAUAUAUACAGUUUAACCUGACCUCUAACUGUUCUUUGUUAUUCAGUUUAGUUGAAAUCCUUGUUUCGAUUGAAAUAAAAAUGUCCAAACAGUA